AUGUCAGAAUCCUCAACUAAGCUGAUAAAAUUCACUGAAAAUUUACCUGAACAUUUGGUAGAGCACAUAAUAUCGGUGUUUCUCCCCAUUCAACUUCUUUUACGAAAUCGUUCCGUGUCCAAAAAGUUCAAAGCUACAGAGAUUCGGUCCCGAGACCUUGAUUUCAGCGGAAUGUUCUUCAUGAGAUGCAGCCAACUAGAGGCUGUAAACAUCAUUGUAAGCGUUUUUAAUCAGCACAAAGGGUCAAAUAUCAACCGAUUUGUUUUGGUUCUUAAUUAUAUCGGCGUGAAGAAUAAAAUACUCUCAUGGGUUAAUACAUGUAUUGAUAAAGGCAUCCAAGAACUUGUGUUAGAUUUUUCUAAAGCCAAGAAAGUUGCAGAGAUUCCGGUCAAUUUCUCAGCUAUCAAGACGCUAAUAGUCUUGAAGCUACGAUGGUGUCAAUUCAAAAUUCCCAAGAAUUCUCCUAAGGGUUUAAAGUUGUUGAGAACACUUGAGUUAAUGAAGAUCCAAGUGACAGAAAUGGUGAUAGAUGCAAUCUUCAGCAACUGUAUCCACCUAGAGACACUUGAGCUAAUCGAAUGCAUAAUGUAUGGGGUAUUGAACAUCAAGGCGCAUAAUCAUAAGAAGUUCAAGUCGCUGGUCGUGUAUUCUAUGCCAGAUCUCAUGGACAUCGUUUUGGAUGCACCAACUCUCGAGUGCUACAAGUAUGAUGGAUUAGUAAGUGCUGUUGACUUUUCAAGAGUGGAUGCACUUAAAGAGGCAAAGCUCCAUUAUAAGCGGGGUAACCGUUGGGGUUAUUGCGAUUUAUUUGAAAUGGUGCAUGGUAACAUGGGAGCCUGUAUUAAAGAAGUUCAGGUUUUCGCAACAACAAACAUCUUUCUAGAGGCGAUCCCCUUUAGAAGCGUAAUGGGACAAAUGAGACAACGUCCUCUCUGCUUUCCGAACUUAAAAGAAUUCCAAGUUGUUAUUAGAGGUCGAGCAUUUUGCGGUCUUUAUAACAUUGCUGAAUUCCUUGAUCAGUGCCCAAACCUCGAACGAGUUCUCAUCGAUAUAGAUGAUUUUACAUUUGAACCUAAAUUAAAUGGCGAGCUUCCCAUCUACCAGUUGGACACUAUUAAGGAAGUCGAGAUCAAUGGCUACAAAGGCCACUGGCAUGAGGUUGACAUAGUACGUUUCUUUGUCUCGAACGCUCAAUUUCUAGAGAAGUUGAUUUUGAAGAUUUCUAGAAACAGGAAGAUCAAAUUUAGCGAACAUGAUCAUGCAAGGAUCAAGUACAUAGAAACUAUAUCUAUGAAGAAAGGUCUCAUUAAAGUAGUCGAAGUUUAA